AUGUCUCCCAAGGGAAGAAGGCGUUGCCGAAGUUUACCUCCUGACAUCCUUAGUAACCUUCCUGAUAACAUAAUUGAUGUUAUUCUGAUAUGUUUGCCUUGUAAAGAAGCUGUGAGGACAAACAUCUUAUCGAAGAAAUGGAGGUACCAUUGGCGUAGACUUACAGAAUUGACGAUUGAUCAAUCUCAUUGGAGUACAGAGGAGGAUUUACUAUAUCCUACUUCUAAAUUUUUGAAGAUUGUCUACCAGCUUUUAACCCUUCAUGAAGGACCGAUUACUAAGUUUACCCUCAACAUUACCAAGUUGAGAAGUUGUCCUGAGAUUGACUUCUUCAUAUAUCUCCUCUCGAUGAAUGGCAUUCAACAUCUUGUUCUUCACCUUCCAUGGAAUGAAGAUGAAGGUGAAGCAUACAAAUUGUCUUCACUUUUCACAUGUUUGCAGCUGAGGCAUCUAGCUCUUGAAAAUUGUUUUAUACAUCCUCCCUCGAACUUUCAAGGAUUUGAUAGGUUAAUCACCUUAGAACUAUGUGAUGUCACAAUCUCUUCUGAAUUGCUCGGAAGUUUGAUAUCUCAUUGCUCGUUGCUUGAGAAGUUGGUGCUGGUAAUCUCACAAGUUCCAGUUUCAAAUAUGAUAGAAAUUAAUGCCCCUAAGCUGAAAUCCUUUGAUUUCUCAGGCUGUAUAAGUUACAUCAGUCUAACGAACGUCCCUCUUUUGACAAAAGUAUCUCUGGACUUAUGUGAGGGUUCAUCUUUAGAGGCGCACAAUUUUCAUUUUGUGAAGUUUUUCAAGUCUUGUUUUGCUCUCGAGCACCUCGACUUCCAGUUCUGUUUUGAAGAGGUAGAUGUUGCUUUUUUAUAA